AUGAAUUUGCAUGGCUUCUACAGGCGACCUACAAUGAUGUUGACGCAACCACAUGUGCUUGCGACGACAGGCCAGCCCACCGCCGCCCGCAAAGCUUUUCCUUGCUUCGACGAGCCCGCACUGAAGGCAACCCUUCGAAAUUCCUCGCAAGGGAUCUGGGAUGACGGCCCUCUCCAACAUGCCAUCGCCGAACUUGUGCCUGUGAAAGGAGGGAGGGUGUGGGACAGUUACGAGAAGGAGCGUCCCCUGUCCACCUACCAUCGUCGCCUUCAUCGUGUCAGACUACUUUCAGAUCAACUCGACGUGAAUGACCGCAUAGCCUUUCGAGUAAUGAGAGUAUGGGCGCGAUCAAGAACCAUCGAUCAAGCAGAAGUAUGCCAAAUGAGUGGGUCCCAGAUCCUAAGUUUCUUUGAAGAUUAUUUCAACGGUGUCUUAUCCCCUCCCGAAGAUGGACAGAUUGCAUUACAGACUUCUCUGCAUGAGCUAUGGAAACUGGGGUCUAAUAACGUACAGAAUUCGAUGCCGUUUAAAUCUGCUCUCAAUCUAAACAGGAAAUUUUCUCUUGUACGACGCACAAGUUUCAACUCCAGUCGACAAGUCCAUUACUGCAGAAAUUGUAAUCCAUGGUUGGCUCACCAGUGGUUCGGCCAAUCUGUGACGCCCAAGUGGUGGGACGACCUGUGGCUCAACGAGGAUUCGCGACCUAUUGCCUUAUCUAAUGUGUUUUCUUUCUACAACAACCUAGGAUCGUCUAUCCCGGAUGAUGACCCAUACCUCACUGAGGCACCAUUUAGGAAGGGACUGAACAACUACUUAAAAGCACUAUGGGCUACCCCGUCCAUCCAGGUGACUAGAGCCCCGACGGACCCUCAGGCCAUUUUAACCCAGAGCGUUCCUCGUAAAGGAGCGCAAACUCUUCCAACGACACGGAUUUACAAGUGGUUGGGUGCCACUGACUUACACACGACCCAGUUCAGUGAGGCACUUCAACCAGAUCAAGCCCAGUCUAUUGCGAUGAAGACUCCUGAGGACCACCGUCACGUCCUCAUCCCUUUCCCCCCGAAGGACCAGUGGGUUCAUCUUCAACCUACAGGAGACAUGGCUUACUACAGAGUCAACUACGACGACCACAACUGGAUCUAUUAUCCAUGCAGUUGA